AUGGCCACCAACACACAGAAGCUCAAUGACCCCAUCACCACCUUAGAAGCUCCAAAGAAAACCCUAGAAUCCUCCUCAGCCCCACCCACCGCCAAAAUUACGGAUCGAUCGGAUAAUCCAUCCACUGACACUCCCUCCAAUCCACCUCUGUCGUCCGAGGUUGACUCCAAAGAAAACAGGUCUAAGGUUGACUCUGAUGACCCUAAGACUGACUCUACCACUGGUUACGCAGCUGUUCUGGCUACCGGCAUUAAGAAAAAUAUGCGCUGUGCCGAGCGGUUUGGGAUAUCCGUGCAUCUCACAGAAAAAGAGAAGCGCAACUUUCGCGCUUAG